AUGUCGGGGAAUUAUGACUAUCCUCCCGCUUCCCGUCGUACUGCCCGAGGAAGCAGACCCAGCGAUCGUCUACAUCGGCCCAACGCGAACCGUUUACAACAUCUACGGGAUUUAUUAAGUACUGAGCGAAACCGAAGCACUUCUGCUCGAGCUUUGGAAACUCUUAACCAAGAGCUAGAGGAGUCCCGCUCCGAACGCGCCAGAGACCGACAUUCGUUUGAUCAAACCAGAGCAUUCGUGGAUCAGCAGAUUCGAGACCUUCAAAGAGAGCAGGCUUCCAGGGAGGAUCAUACUCAUGGUACGCGGUCAGGGCCGAUACAUCCAGGGUUGCAGAGGCUCCAAAAUCUGGACGCCGUAAUUAUGAAUCACGACCCGAGUCCUUCUGGGACAUCACGGUCAAUCAACAGAGCUUCGAGAUCCCGUGGCUUGAGAAGCGGCGACCGAUCCAGCCGGGGUAGAAGGAAUCGGGAUUCCAUGCUUGAUUCGCCGGUUCCUCUUAUAGAUUCGCCAUCUACCAUGCCUUUGGAACCGGAUCACGACACUCCAACGGACCGAUUGAGGGUCAAGCGCAGAAAGCUCGACUCGGAUGAUAACAGAGAAAGCGUACAAGAUCUGAGAUAUGGCCAAUACGGUCAAGUUGUGCCCGGAACGUUGAAAAUGGAAUUGGCCAGUUGCGAUGGGGGUACUUUCGAACCCGUAUGUGAAACGUCAGGGCCGGAAAACAUCCUCUUGAAUGACUCGUCCGUAUAUUGCACAAAGUCAGACCGCUGUAAUCUGAUCCUGAAACAUCGUGGGGAGGCGCCAUUCUGUCUGAAGAAGCUCGUCAUAAAAGCGCCCAAAUCUGGCUAUGAUGCUCCGAUACAAGCAGGCAUGGUUUUCGUUUCUAUGUCGGCCGACGACCUUCUCGCUCGCACUGCUCAGUACCAGAUUCAGUAUGCCGGCUCUCGGGGUCAUCGUGGUCAUCGGCGCAGCGGAAUGCAGCCGUCUCAGGAAUACAUGAAUUCUUAUCGAACUCCCCUACAGACACUUGAGCGGGCAUCCCUAGCCGGCUUCGACUCUCCGUCGGACUCAGAUACAGACACUAGUGAACCUGCCGGCGCCUCUUCCAGCUAUAAUACAGACCAGACAUCUGAGUUUCAUGUCACUACAGACUAUGACGAGCGCUCUGAUGGUACUGAGCUUGACAGGCCUGGAGAUCACUUCUCCAUACCCCAGGCGCCUGAACCGGGAAGGUUGGGGAGAGUUGGCACGAUGUACCCAAUGGAUGAUGAUUUCCUCUGUUCGGAUACUGGGGACAGCGGCAGUGAUGAGGACGACACUUCUGAGACCCACUCAUACAAUUCACGGCGGCGUGAUCUGCAAAGGCAGGUACGGGCUAUGCGUCGUCAGUAUGCCUUGGAGCAAGAUGAAUUACCGCGGCGGCGUCAUGUUCCAAACACAAUACAACCUAUACCACCAGCUGCCCCCUCGGCGCCGCGCCCUGGACCAACUACACGUUCUACAGGCGUUGGACUAAUGAAACCUCUUACUCAAUUCUUCAUCAAGCGGCCUAAGAGUAGCGUUAGCCUCAAUUUCGAUCCUCCACCAUCGGGCCGUUACAUUCUCAUCAAAUUAUGGAGUCCCUACAAUGCAGGUAACAUAGAUAUUCAAAGCGUCGUUGCUCAUGGUUUUGCUGGGCCAAGGUUCUUCCCCGCCGCCGGGCUCAGAUGA